UACAAAAAAAAAAAAAAAAUGAGGAAGAGCUGAAAGAUUCGCGACGAAGCAAAACAACAGUGUUUAAUCUAUCGCCGCCUUGUUCUGUUAAACAAGAGUAGAGGAACCAAAGUUGGAAACUUUGAACUCCCCAUUGGUUUUAAUGUUAAUCACUGAUCAUUCGAAUCUGGAAUAGAAGUAAAUGAGUGCUUAAUCUCUUGUUUUUGUGGAGAAUUUGAGUGUUAAAAGAAGAGGAAGAAGAUGCAGAGGGUUAGGGUUUCAUCUCAAAGAGCAGCUGUGCAUAAGCUUGGUGAUUCUCAGAUGACUUUAUCUCCCAAAUUUAGAGUAGCAGCAUCGAUUCAAUCGACAUUGUUUGAUAGAUCAUCGGAAUUAGAACUGUCGCUUAUAGGAGAACCCUUGAUUCCCGGUUUACCUGACGAUGUUGCGCUUAACUGUCUUUUACGGGUUCCAGUUCAAAGCCAUGUAUCGAGUAGAGCCGUGUGCAAGAGAUGGCAUCUCUUGUUUGGUACUAAAGAGACUUUUUUCGCUAAGCGUAAGGAGUUCGGGUUUAAAGACCCCUGGCUGUUCGUGGUUGGGUUUAGUAGAUGCACUGGGAAAAUCCAAUGGAAGGUAUUGGAUUUGAGGAAUCUCACUUGGCACGAAAUCCCGGCUAUGCCAUGUAGAGAUAAAGUUUGUCCUCACGGUUUCAGAUCGGUUUCGAUGCCUCGCGAAGGUACUAUGUUUGUAUGUGGCGGGAUGGUUUCGGAUUCGGAUUGUCCUCUUGAUUUGGUGUUGAAGUAUGAUAUGGUGAGGAAUCAUUGGACUGUCACGAACAAAAUGAUAACCGCGAGGUCGUUUUUUGCUAGCGGUGUGAUCGAUGGGAUGAUAUAUGCGGCAGGUGGAAAUGCUGCGGAUUUAUAUGAGCUCGAUUCUGCCGAGGUUUUGAACCCUUUGGACGGGAAUUGGCGGCCAGUUUCAAACAUGGUCGCACACAUGGCGUCUUACGACACAGCAGUCUUAAACGGGAAGCUUUUGGUAACGGAAGGAUGGUUAUGGCCGUUCUUUGUAUCCCCGAGAGGUCAAGUUUAUGACCCGAGGACGGAUCAAUGGGAAACAAUGUCAAUGGGGUUAAGAGAAGGAUGGACCGGGACGAGUGUCGUGAUUUAUGAUCGGUUGUUUAUAGUUUCGGAAUUAGAGAGAAUGAAGAUGAAGGUUUAUGAUCCUGUUACAGAUUCGUGGGAGACUAUUAACGGACUGGAAUUGCCUGAGCAGAUUUGUAGACCGUUUGCGGUUAACUGUUACGGGAACAGAGUAUAUGUGGUUGGUCGGAAUCUUCAUCUUGCGGUUGGGAAUAUUUGGCAGUCGGAGAAUAAGUUUGGAGUGAGGUGGGAGGUCGUGGAGUCGCCGGAGCGUUAUGCAGAUAUAACUCCAUCGAAUUCUCAGAUUCUUUUUGCUUAAAAGAGAUUGAUAAAUCUGUUUGGUUUGGAUUCCAAUGUUUGUAAACUAUAUUGUAUGAAUAAGUAAACUUGUCAUAGAAACAUCAUCAUGAUGUUUGAACUCUUGUAUCAUAUAUUCAUAUGUGUGUAUAACUUAUGUCCGAAAGUGUUAAAUAUAAUACAUGGACUGGA